AUGGCCGGCGGGCUGUUACAGAAACGCACUAACGAAGAUUGUCCGGACGGGAUCUAUGACGAUGUUCACACGAAGGAGGUGCUGCGCUUUGAACGAGAGCUGCUGCAGUUAGAACAAGAGGAACUGAGGCGGCAGAGGGAGAACCUGCUGCGGGACCAGAACAGGAUCAUACAGAAGUCCGUUCAAGACAUCUCCACCGCUGUUAGUACCGAUAAGAACGUCGUACACAGAGCUAAAGGCAAGAACCAGAACUACAGACACUCCAUGCCCAAUCUAUUACUGGUCGAACAACCGCCCCGCGUCAUAGAGAGGACUAUUAUGGAAGAAAAUAUCAAGAGGAAGCCGUUCGUGUCCGAAGAACACAUACAGAGUCACUUCGGAGUGGAGGAGAGCAGGAAGAUACUGUUUGAUGAUAAGCGACCAGCGACCGGACUAACUAGACCCCCGCAACCUGUGCUGCCUCCCAAACCAAGAAGCAGGGACUCCAUAGAGAGGGAGAUUACUAUGAGGAGUAGUCGCGUCCCGUCUGCCGUGGAGUGUGUUCAGACCCCCAGCCCACGAGGAACGCGAGCCCCGGAAAGAUACGCAAACGGACGAAACUACCACCCUAUGUCCAGACAUACGCUACAGGUGCUGAGCGCGGCGCCCACUCCCAAGCUGAUCUCCAACACCGAGUGGAUGCAAGCCAGACCUCAACCCAGGCAGAAACAAAACAACUAUAACUAUAACCAACACUGGCUGAUACAGGAAGCAGAGCAACGUCGCAUACAGGAGCAGCGUGUACCGAACGUGCGGGACGGACGGUACGGACGUGACGUCACCAACAUGACGGACCGGGACAUACGUGACGUCACUAAAAUGACGGACCGGGAAAUACGUGACGCCACACGACUGUUGGGUGGGGACCCACGGUCGAUCGGUGUCCGCACUUCACACGCACCUCACAUGACACAUUACGCGAACUCCCAAGUGAUCCCUCAAGGCCGCAGCGUGGAGCUCAGCGAGCGACGACCAGACUAUAGAGAGGACAAGAUGCUGAGCGUGAGCGGCCGCAGGAGGUGCUCACACUGCGGGGACGAACUGGGUCGCGGCGCCGCCAUGAUCAUCGAGUCUCUAUCCCUAUGUUACCACGUGUGGUGCUUCUCGUGCUCGGCGUGCGGGGCUCCGCUGGGGGACGGGCGUGUGGGGGCUGACGUGCGCGUGCGGGGGCGAAGUCUCCACUGUCACCAAUGUUACAGCUCUGACGACGGAGACAAGUACUCCUGCGUCUGA